AUGGGCGAGGACAGGCCCAGCGCUCCAUGCUGCGGCCAGGGUGACACCAGGCUGGAGGAAGAGAGACGACAUGAGGCAGGGAGCCCGUCCCCCAGCUCUCGCCUGCCUUGGGAACAAGGAACCCGGGCGCCUGGCCGACCAGACUCAGGAGCUCAGCCGAGCCAGGCCCCACCUCUGCUCGGCAGCCUAUCCCGGAGCUGCCCGGCCCUGGCCGCGAAAGGCAGGAGAGCUCCUGGGCUGCGCAGACCCACGUGGGAGAAGAGGAGCGUGGAGCCCUGGAGCCCGGCCAACGAGCCACCCAACGAGCCGCUCAACAACCCGGCCAACGAGCGGCUCAACAACCCUGCACUGAGCCACGCAACCACCCGGCCAAUGAGCCGCCCGCCGCAGCGGCCACCACACUGCCCAACCACCCCGCGCCGAGCCGCCCAACCACCUGACCAACCACCCUGCCAACGAGCCACACACCGAACCGGCCACCACGCCACCCAGCGACCCGGCCAACGAGCCACCCACCAAACCGGCACCGAGCCGCCCAAUGACCCGCCCACCGAACCGGCCACCACGCCACCCAGCGACCCGGCCAACGAGCCGCCCACCAAACCAGCACCGAGCCGCCCAACGACCUGCCCACCGAACCGGCCACCACGCUGCCCAACCACCUGUCCAAUGACCCAGCGCCAAACCGCCCAACCACCCGGCCAACAACCAGGCACCGAGCCGCCCAACCACCCGGUCACUGACCCGGUGCUGAGCUGCCCAACGACCCAGCGCCGAGACGCACUACCACCCGGCGCUGAGCCACCCAACCACCCAGUCAAUGACCGGCGCUGA